AUGCACGGAGGUCUCUCGCCGAAGCUGACGUCGUGGUCAAUGAUGGACGACAUCGUACGGCCUCUCGAUCCCGAGGAUAACGCGUUAGCAAUGGAUUUGCUAUGGUCGGAUCCUGAUCAGUACACACAAGGAUGGGCGAAGAACACUCGCGGUGUCUCAUAUGUGUUCGGCUCAGAUGUUGUGAAGAAAUUCUGCCGCGAUAUGGAUCUGGAUUUAGUUGCCAGGGCUCACCAAGUAGUUCAGGAUGGCUACGAAUUUUUUGCGGAUCGACGGCUUGUCACUAUAUUCUCAGCUCCAAAGUUUGUUCAGCUUCUCUUCUGA